AUGGCGGGAGCGGUCAUCGUGAGCAAUGGAGGAGGUGGUAGAGAUUACCCCGGUAACCUCACCCUCUACGUCCUCUUCACCUGCUUCGUCGCCGCCACCGGCGGCCUCAUCUUCGGCUACGACCUCGGCAUCUCCGGGGGAGUGACGUCGAUGGACCCGUUCUUGAUGAAGUUCUUCCCGUCGGUGUACCGGCAGGAGAAGGCCGACGAGAGCGCGAACCAGUACUGCAAGUUCGACAGCCAGCUGCUGACGGCGUUCACGUCGUCGCUCUACCUGGCGGCGCUGAUCGCCUCCUUCUUCGCGUCGUCCGUCACGCGGGUGUUCGGCCGGAAGUGGUCCAUGCUGGGCGGGGGUGUCACCUUCCUCGCCGGCGCCGCCGUCAACGGCGCCGCCAGGAACGUGCUCAUGCUCAUACUCGGUCGCAUCCUGCUCGGCGUCGGCGUCGGCUUCGCCAAUCAAUCGGUGCCGCUGUACCUGUCGGAGAUGGCGCCGGCGCGGCUCCGCGGCAUGCUGAACAUCGGGUUCCAGUUGAUGAUCACGAUCGGGAUCCUCUGCGCGAAUCUCAUCAACUACGGGACGGCGAAGAUCAAGGGCGGGUGGGGGUGGCGCAUCAGCCUCGCCCUCGCGGCCAUCCCCGGAGCCAUCAUCGCCGUCGGAUCUCUGUUCCUCCCCGACACCCCCAACUCCCUCAUCGAGCGUGGCCACGCUGACCGGGCCAAGCGCAUGCUCCGCCGCAUCCGCGGCACCGACGACAUCCUCGACGAGUUCAACGACCUCAUCGCCGCCAGUGAGGAGUCGAAGCUGGUCAAGCACCCGUGGGCGAACAUCAUCAAGCGCAAGUACCGGCCGCAGCUGACGAUGGCCGUGCUGAUCCCCGCGUUCCAGCAGCUCACGGGCAUCAACGUCAUCACGUUCUACGCUCCGGUGCUCUUCAAGACCAUCGGCUUUGGCGGCGAUGCCUCCCUCAUGUCGUCGGUGAUCACCGGGUUGGUGAAUGCGUUCGCCACAUUGGUUUCCAUAGCGACGGUCGACAAGGUUGGCCGCCGCAAGCUCUUCCUCCAAGGCGGCGCCCAGAUGCUCAUUUGUCAGGUGAUAGUGGGGACGCUGAUAGCGAAGAAGUUCGGGCUGAGCGGGGAGGCGGAAGAGGGGCUGUCGCGGGGGUACGCGGCGGUGGUGGUGCUGUUCAUCUGCCUGUACGUGGCGGGGUUCGCGUGGUCGUGGGGGCCGCUGGGGUGGCUGGUGCCGAGCGAGAUCUUCCCGCUGGAGAUCCGGUCGGCGGGGCAGAGCAUCAACGUGUCGGUGAACAUGCUGUUCACGUUCGGGGUGGCGCAGGCGUUCCUGGCCAUGCUCUGCCACCUCAAGUACUUCCUCUUCUUCUUCUUCGCCGCCUGGGUCGUGCUCAUGACCGCCUUCAUCGCCCUCUUCCUCCCGGAGACCAAGAACGUCCCCAUCGAGGAGAUGCUGCUCGUCUGGAGGGCCCACUGGUUCUGGGGCCACUUCCUUGCUCACGACGACGACGUCCACGUCGCCGCGGCAAAUUCAAAUCUCGAGUUGGGUGGCGCCAACAACGCCAAAGCCAAGCAGGGUGGCACUGCUGUAGCUAGCUAG